UCUUCCGGAUGUUUCAUCCCAGAUGCGCAUGCGAGUGAAAACAACACAGAAAAAUACAAAUACGAGUUUUAAUAAACAUGGAAUCCGUUUUCCUGCGGUUUGAUUCAUAUGAUUUUGAGGCGGAUCAGCGGUUUGUGGAAGGAUUGAAGUCUUUCAACAAGCCCGAAAGCAGGAGAGAAGAAAUACUGGACCUGAAACUCUACUUUUAUAACAGGUUCGUUGAGCCCAUUGACCGCUCCGGCUACAAACAGCAGAAAUCCUCUUCUGCUGGUGUUGCUGAGCAGCUGGAGCAGAGGACGCCCUCGCUUUCGGGUCUGGAUGUCAGUGAAACGCCAACAGAAGAAGCUUCUGCGCAAACAGAGCAGCUCUCCUUUGCGGAGGUGAUGCGGCUCAUCCAAGAGGGGAAGGAGGUGCCCGGAGUGACGAAACUGGACGUACAGCCGAGCAACCAGAGUCCCACACCUUCCAGGAUGACACGGAUAUUGAAACCCUGGGAAACAGCAUGAGUCUGUGAUUGACUUUAACUCGUGGGACCAAGCAGGAUCUCUGGAGAGCUUCGGCCACCAGACCGCUGCAGUACCGUGUGCCUUCAUGUUUGAAGCAUUUCAGUUGUUUCUCUCAAGUCCAUGAAAUAAAAUGAAGGAAAUAAACUUGAAAACAUCAUAAAAGCCUCUUCGGGAACAUAAAAUAGUUUCUGCUCAUAAGCAUAAAAGAAAUGUCCGAAAAGAAUAAGUUCAAACCUAAAAACUCGGUGUAUGCAAGUGUAAGCCGAAAGGCUGUUAUGACCAAAUGGGCAGGAGAUGAACUUCCAUCAAUACAUCUGUGGGAGUCUUUGGUGUCAGUCAGACUGUAUUUGUUUGGAAAAACUGAGAUUUGAUAGAUCAGAAGGAUAUUUUUGCAGCAGCUUGGUAAAGUGUUGAAACAUCUGGAAACUCAGAAACUGACAUGUAGGACCUAAUAAUUACUUUUGAAAUCAUUGCUGUGGAUUUAUUUUGAAUUUGCUACAUAUUUUAUGUAAUUUUUAAGUUUAAUGUGUUGGAUUGGUAAAUGUUAAAAGUAAGGAAAUGUCAGUCCAUCGUAUACUGUGUGAAAGGUGGAUGGUUUCCCUUUAAGUGGUGCCAUAUUUGUGAGGAACAUGCAUUUAUGGGAUGCGCAGCAGAGUUCAAUAAAAAGACUUUAAAUUGAAGUUUUAUUGUUAGUAAAUCUAAAAAAAGAGAAUCUACCGUUUUCCUUAGGUUUUGUACAGAGUUCAUGUCGACUUAAAAUUCAACAUCCUUCCUGACAAAAACCAAAUCAAACAUUUAGCUUCAGUGAAAAACCCACCAAAACUUUUAUUCACUGUAUUUUGGUACUUUUUUCCAGUAAAAAAACCCCCCUAAAACAAUCACACAAAAUAUACUCAACGUUACAUUCGAUUUUUUUUUUUUUUAAAUGAAUACAGAAGCACAACUUAAAUCAAACUGAGAAAAAUAAAGACGUGUUCACAGAGAACUGGUGCCUUUAAGGCUCAGAGGAUGAAACAAACGUCUUAAAACUGCACAUGCAGAGUUAGCACCAACAAGAGAGCCCCGAGGUGAAAGUGUCGACCGUGUCCAAACUGGAGGCCUGAAGCUGCUCAGCUCGGCCAACACGAUGCAUUCAAACAGUGAAAACACACGAGUGCCGGACGUCCCGACGCCUCAACAGUGCUGAGAUAAAGGAGUGCAUCAGUGGAAAUACAGCAGUAUCUAAACCAGUGGUUUCAACAGAACUGUGAAAGACGAUCAAAAAGUCGCACCUGAUUCUUUUGGUCAUUGUGUUUGUGUGAUCUGUGAUUUAUUUAUUUUUUCUAAAUGAAGAUAAUGUGGAAGCUGUUGAAUAAAAAGUGAACUGGCAAAAGCAUUUUUUCCCUCCUCUAAGUGGCCGUCACCAAAAACAUAAAAACUGCAGGAAAUAAACCUGGAGAGCUUUGA